AUGGCACGUUCGACAGAAGACAGUUUCUUGAUAUCGUCUUCGACAGAUAGCUCAGCAGACCUGUUUAACGAAGACAUGUUGGGUCAGCUGAAUUCAAAACCCCGAAACCUGCUCAAUAGAGUAGAUAGCAUGUAUAGGAGGAAUUCUCUAGUAUCAUCUGACACUCCAACUUCCUUAAAGGCCCCGGAAGACAACGGAGAACUCCUAAGAUUCGCAGUAGCUACGGCCUUAGGCAUCGACGCGAGUUCACUCCCCACGCCAUUUCGUGAAUUGCAGAACGACGACGACCCAAGCUCAGUAUAUUCGAAUACAAGUGAACCUCAACAGCUUCUUAAUGAAGCAACGCUGUUGAGGAAGGACUCCGUUAGUUCAACAUCGGUCUAUUCGUCACCUACCGACAUCAGCGAAUGGAGAAAAUCAAUGGGUGCUUCGAUCGAAGAGCGUAUUACUGCCACAAUGGCUAGUGUUCUUGGUUUAGACAAUGACUCGCUACGUCUCGAUGAGUCGUUUGUUGACCUCGGGGGUAAUCACCGAAAGGCCAGGAAACUCCGCGCAAGGUGUAUGGACGAAGGCUUAGUUAUAAAGACCAAGGACAUCAUGAACUGUAAGACUAUUGCGGAGCUAGAGACAUAUGUGACGCCGCUCACCCCGUCUGAAUACUCGGAGAAAAAUAUACCAACUACAAUAGUCAGUCCGUUGAAGCCAAUCUCAGUAAGAAAUCACCUGGGCAGCACCGAGAGGCAAGCAUCGCAGGACGAGGGGCCUCCAGCGAUUCCACCUAAGGCCCCGGCUAGAUACACAGCUUCUCAGUCAUACCUCAAAAUAAGACCAUCUCGAAGACGCUAUAAUCAGAUAGAACAGGCCCUAACCCUACAUGGCGAUAUCUCGAGAGCAAUCGUGCUCAAACCAAAGGCUGGCCCAUUCGAGGAUCAGUUAGUAGCAUUUGUUACUCUAACAAGUUAUUUUGUGGAAAGACCUGAUGAUUGUGAAGUCAAGCUCGUUAAUCCUUGCCGUACAAGUCAACUACCAUCAAUUCGCAAAGCAGUCGAAUCACGGGUGGCACCAGGCCUUGCUCCUCGUCUCUGGGUAAUUUUGGAAAAGAUGCCCUUGGACGAUGGUGGGAAGAAUAAUCGGAGAAAGCUUCAAACAUGGAUACAAAACGCCAAUGAUGAGCUAUAUCACCAGAUUCUUUCUAUUGACUCAAAGAUAAAAUUGAAACUUCUCAUCGCAGGAAGUAGCAUACAGAAGCUACCUUUAACUCAACCUAUUUCCCCCGUUACUUUAAAUUCAUCACCACCUAGGAUUUCGAGAGGGGAUGCUGGCGUCAUUUCCGACCUGUCGCCAAUGCAACAUCUAUAUUUACAUACGUCCAUGGGUGGCGAUUAUAAACUACGAAAAGCCGCGAAGGGGGACUAUAGGUUUAAUCAAAGCAUGUUAUUUCGGUUGAAGCAGAACUUGAAUGUGGUCGAUAUUGAAGCAGCAAUUGAGGCCAUCGUUGGCCACCAUCACAUGCUUAGAUGUCGGUUCCGGUCGAAUGGGAGCUCCUGGUGCCAAUUGACAGAAUCUAAUAUCUCGUCUUCGUUUCGCUUUUCGCAUCAUUCAAUCCAAACCCAUGCCGAAGUCGAAGAACUUAUAAGUUUGGCGCAAGGGGUUAUUGAUAUUGAAGCUGGUCCGGUGUUUGCUGCUCACCACUUCUGCACUCCUGAUGGUCGUCAGAUGCUUUACAUGAUCGCACACCACCUUGUUGUCGACCUCAAGUCUUGGAGCAUCAUAGUAGACGACUUAGAGGCACUGUUAACCAAUGGCUGCCUUGUAUCUGGCCGUAGUCUCUCUUUCACAGAGUGGUUGCUUUCUCAAAAGAGUUGUUAUCAGGAGAUGGAGUAUUCAUUCGACAUCCCAGCAGGGAAUCCUCACUACUGGGGAGUCGAUUCUGCUUCUAAUACGUAUGGAAAUGUGGUAGCCACCGCCUUUACGCUCAGUGAAGGCGUUACGUCUGCACUUGAGGUCAAGUGCCGGGCCUUACGGAUGGAUACGGUGGAUGUUUUUAUGGCCGCUCUUGUUCGUUCCUUUGCGCAAACGUUUCGCGACCGGCCAGUCCCUACUCUGUGGGAUCAAGGUAAUGAACGAUCUUUAUCUGAUACAGAGCUCGACACAUCGGGGACUGUCGGGUGGUUUACUUCGCUUCGCCCGUUAACUGUAGAUGUUCUAUCUACAGACGACAUUCUAACUGUCCUCAGCCACGUGAAGGAAUCACGGCGUGUCAGUUCCCGGGAGAGCCCUUUGCAGUUCACUUCUUCCCAUUGUCCCCUUGAGCUUGUCUUUACCCAUUCUGGUACUGUGCAAAACGUACUAAGUCACGAUUCACUACUUGAGCAGAUACCUGUACCAGAUAAAACUCUAGCCUCCAGAACAUCGGAUAUUGGGCGUAAUGUUGGGCGAAUUUCUAUAUUCGAAGUAUCGAUUUUGGUCGACCAAGGAGAAACCAGAUUCAAGAUUCUCUACCCCAGGAACUGUGCAUAUCUGGAGCAGAUACACAAUUGGUGUCAUGGAUACGAAACCACUGUGCGCAAAGCUAUCAAUGACCUGCAAGUUGGGUCGCCCGCCCUACCUUCAUCGAAUAUCUCUCACAUAGAAGUUACCGACGAGGAAUUCGGUCAAUUAAACACGGCAGUUCUACCUCGUCUUGGCCUCAAUCUUUCUGAUAUCGAGGCCAUCCAUCCCACGACGAUGGUUCAGCAGAACAUCCUUACGAAUCAGUCUUUAAUACCAGGGAGCUCCAACGCGCAGAUGAUAUAUGAUAUCGAUACACCUGAUGGUCCCAUUGACAUUUCCCGGAUCUGCGACGCCUGGCUUAAAGUAUCAGAGAAGCACUCGUCUCUUAAAACCGUCUUCUCCCAGGCCGUUUCGAAGAAUGGACUAUACGACCAGUUGAUUUUACGAUCUUACUCGCCUAGCAUGCUCUUUCUCGAAUGUGAUAGCGUCGAGGAUGCAAUGAUGUCACUAAAGAACCUACCGCUACUAUCGUUGAACGAAGGUAUUCCGUGGCAUCGGCUUGUCGUUUGCAAAGUGGCUGGGAAGACCCUGUUGAAAUUAGAGGCUAGCCAAGCGUUAUGUGAUGUUGCCAGCAUGGCGAUACUUUUCAGAGAACUUGAACAAACUUACUUGGACGGCCGAACCCCCUUAACACGCAAAUUAUCUCAUUUCGAAUACACGAAAUGCCUCGAGGUAAAGGCUUGCAGUGUUGAUUUCUGGCGGGAGUAUCUACAUGGCAUUCAGCCGUGCCGGUUCCCCAAGCUCACCUCACAGCAACCGACUCCUUACAAAUGGGAGACCUCAUCUAUCGACCUUAGGGUCUCAUCUGAGCGCCUCAAAACUUUCGCCGAGGACUACAAUAUGAAUAUUUCUACCAUACUUCAGAUUGCUUGGGGUCUGCUAUUACGAACCUAUAUCGGGACGAACAACAUUUGCUUUGGGUUUCGCGUUUCUGGUAGGUCGCUUCCCGUCGAGGGCUUAGACAAUGCUGUCGGCUCGUUUUCGACUGUAUUGCCAUUCCGGCUCGCCAUUCCUCCAGAGGAGUCUAUCGCACGAUUGUUAUUGGAUGCGGAAGAUCAACGCCGGCGAACACUCGAUCAUCAGCACGUACCCCUUACAAGAAUCGAGCAUGAGCUAAAAAUUAAGGGAGGACGCCUGUUUAAUACUUGUCUCUCAUUCGGAUAUGAAUCUUUCUUGGCCGACCUUUCUAUAAAUACGAAGUGCAGUCACAUCAAAACAGAGCAGGCAUCAGAGUUUGAUCUUAAUAUCGACGUAUAUUUCCACGACGGUAGUAUUACGGUCGAUAUAGGAUACCGAAUACUCACACCGGAGCAGGCGACCUCUAUCGCUUGCGCUUUUGGAAGAGCCAUAGAGGCCAUCAUGGAUGCGCCGGCGAGCACAGUCAAAGAAACAGAUCUUUUCAGCAUGCGUGACCAUAGACAGAUUCUAGCGUGGAAUAGCAUGCCUCAAGUUGGUGUAUCAAAGGAGCUUGUUCAACAAUUAAUUGUAAAGACAGCGUCGACGAACCCCGAUAUAGAAGCUAUCUGUUCCUGGGAUGGGAGCCUGUCGUAUGACCGUCUACAUCGGUUAUCCAUUGUCCUCGCUAAGCAUCUCCUUGCUUCCGGCCUAAAGCCCCAAACUCCCGUACCGGUGAUCGUUGAAAAAAGUCGAUGGGCCGUGGUUGCCAUGCUAGCUAUACUGCAUACCGGCGCGAUCCUAAUACCCGUUGAUGCUGAAGUAAUCUCAUCAUUCGCUUGGGUUUUCAAGACUGUCGAUCCCGAUUUUGUGUUGGUUUCGGAUAAUGUCCAGAGUUGCAUAGGUGGGCAUGAUGUUAAGGUUAUCAUCGUAAAUGAAAAGACUGUUUCGGCAAUGUCGGCACAAGUCGUUGAUAUGACGCUUCCGGAACUCGCACUCCACGACAUCGCAUGUAUUCUCUUCAGUCCGAGAUCUUCUGAGAAUGCUAAAGGUAUCUCGUACAGUCACGCCGCUCUAGCAACUGCAUGUGCUGGGCAGGGGUCGACGUUGCUCAUAAACCCGUCGAGCCGGGUUAUGCAAAUUUCAUCAUACAGCGUCGAUAUUGCGCUCUCGGAAAUAUUCACUACCUUAGUGAAUGGAGGAUGUGUCUGCAUACCAUCGUCCUCGGAAAGAAUUGCGGACUUUCCCGGGGCAGUUGAGCGCAUGCAUGUUAACUGGGCAUAUUUAACUCCGACGCUGUCCAGGAAAAUUGACCCAGAGAAUUUACCAGACAUGGCUGUGGUCUGCUUCCGCACACUGAACUUAGAUAGUGACGUCUAUAUCCCAUGGAUCAACAAGGCAACAAAGGUAUUGCUGGCUUAUGGCUGUGCCGAAGCUGGCCCCCUUGGCCUCUCUACGACCGAGCUCACCCUCUCGAAGACCUCGCAGUGUUUCGGUAGCCCUUUCUGCGGCAACUUUUGGAUUGUUAGCCCUGAGGAUAAUACCCGACUUAUGCCAGUCGGGGCCCUUGGGGAAUUGGUGAUAGGGGGACCAACGCUUGCUAGCAGGCUCAACGUUGUUGACACUAAUAUCAAGGCUUGGAUCAGCAGGAAUAAAUCACAGACUAGAUCGCUCCUAGAAAAGUCUGGAGGCCAUCUACUGAAAACGGGGCAGUACGUUCGCUACCUAGAAGACGGCGAGAUCGAAUUUAUCUCAGGUGGUAGUGAAGAGACAACAAUUGAUGGCAGAAAAUUUCGUCAUUCAGAGGUUGAGCCUAAGCUGCGACAGUGUCUUGGUCGUGGUGUUGACGUGGUUGUCGAGACCAUAGCCUUCAACGACCCAGCCUCGGCCCCAGUCCUUGCUGCAUUCGUAGAGCUUGGAGAGAACAUGUUACAAAGCAGUGAAAAUUUAUUAAGCCUUGAUCGUGUGGCUAGGGAAAGGUUGUACCUAUCGAAAAAGAUGGCUGAUAUGGUCCUUCGGGAGACCUUACCCAGUUACAUGAUUCCUUCGGUGUACAUACCAGUCAUGCGCAUGCCGCUAACAGCGACUUUAGAUAUCAACAGGUUAGAGCUUCAGCGUAUGAUCGCGGGAUAUUCCAGGAAGCAACUUCUAGGAUUGGCACAGAUUUCAAAUCCGCAGGAGGUUCAGGAUACCAGCUUCAAACCCCUCCCGUUGACCCAGGUCGAGCGCCGUAUGAGGGCUAUCUGGGCACAUGUCCUUGAUGUAGAAGAAGACUUGAUGAAGGCUGGCGAUGGGUUCCUGAGUCUGGGCGGCGACAUCGUCCUAGCCCACGACUUGAUCGUCGAAUGCAAGCAGAGAGGCAUUGGAAUUUCUAUCGUCGAUGUUCUUCGCGAUGCUCCUCUCGCCGAAAUCUGUAGGGGGGUCGUGACGGAGGCAUCUCCCGGAGUUGCUCAAGAUGACAGAACCGACCGAUUGGGCCGGCCGGAUAACUCGGUUGAAGAAGCGAUAGUGCCUCGGCUUGGGUCUGAUAGAAGCGUGGUUGAGGAUGUGGCAGAGGCAUCCUACAUUCAGACGAUGUUUGUUGAGUCUGGAAUGCUACAGAGCCGUGGCAAUAUCGAUUACUUGACAAUCAACAUCAGCGGAUCGUUAGAUUGGCGCACACUCGAAACUGCAUGCUUCAUGCUAACCAAGGCUCACCCGAUCCUUCGAACCGCGUUUGUGAGCCAUGACCGGCAACUUUACCAGACAGUUCUCCGGUCGUAUCGCCCAGAGUUUUCGAGGGUCCAAUGCCAGAGUUGGAGACUCGGUAACUUGGUAGCGAAGAUCAUCAAGAGGGAGAAGUCAGAGACGCCCGAUUUCCGUAGACCCAUCACCAAGUUUUCCUAUCUUGAUGCCGGAAAGAGCUCUAUGAUGUUGAUCCGUCUCUCUAGGGCUCAGUACGACGAUUUUUCCUUGCCUAUACUUGUUCGGGAUCUCGGUCGGUUUUAUGGCCUUGGUUGCAGCGACAAGGUCGUUCCCCGUCCCGGGUUUUGUGAAGUAGUCAGAGCUUCUCAGUUUACACAUUCAAACUGUGCGAGAGAAUAUUGGAGCUCUCUCCUCACGGGAGCAGCAGUGACGCAAAUCGUAUCUCAACCCUCGCCCGCGAGCAUCAACCUAAAUUCGAUAACCCUCCACCAGCAAAUAUCCGUGGGAUCGCUGCAUAAUCUAGGCGUGCAAUUCGAGACGAUCCUCAAGGGCGCGUGGUCUAUUGUUCUUUCAAAUUUGUCUAGUACGGAUGACGUGGUAUUCGGGCAGCUUAUCGAAGGCAAAAACCUAAGUCUCCCAACAGGCAAGGUAGAUAUCUCAGGUGUCGUUGGUCCCGUGGGCAAUAUUAUACCGGUGCGAACGCAACUUCCAGAUACCCCCAUCACACCAUAUGAAUAUUGUCGGCGUAUACAAGGCCAGCAUGUCGCUAGCGUUCCUUAUGAGGGCAUGCAGACCUCCGAUAUCGUACAGAAAUGUACGCCUUGGCCAUCCUGGUCGCGAUUCAGCACUGUUGUUUGCCAUCGAAACCAAUUUGAGGACUAUAAGUCGACUAACUUUGUUAUCGGCAACGCCAGCUGUAAGCUAGGCUGUAUAGAAUCAAGCCACCAAGGGUCUGACAUCUUCGUCAAAUCAACUACGUCGGGGGUUGCUAGCGUUGACAUAUCUCUUAUGUUCUGCGAGAAGAGGUUGCCCCUAUACUUUGCAGACGACGUGAUGAAAAUGUUUUGCUCGGUCAUCACCAUUCUAACCUCAUCUUUCGUCAUGGAACCGAUAGUCUUGAAAGGUCUCGGCGACGAUUAUUCUACGUCGAGGAUCCCACUGCCAACACCGAAGCGUGAACUCGACGUGCCGUCGACAAUAGAAUCGGUCGACCCAGAUCUGGCUCGAGAUGUCCAUACCAUCAUUUCAACUGCAUGGGGUACGAUAUUAGAGGCCCAAUCGCUCAAAAUGCCUGAUAUCCGUUCAGUGCCUUUCUAUGAGAUAUGGGGCGCACUUAUACCCGCAGCUGAGCUUGCUAGGUACUAUACCGAUAACAUGAGUUCAGCCCUAGGCAUCGGGGGUAUGGACUUCACGAUGGAGGAGAUCGUUGACCACCCAACAAUGAUGCAGCAAUACGAAUUGAUCAUCGCUAAAAAGCACGCAUUGCAACUCAGACGUAGCAAGAGUCCUAUGUUGAUAGGGACUCAGUCGGCCUGGGCCAAAGGUAUACGCAGACUUGGCGGAGCACCUAAUCUAGCCAACACAACGCCCAGUAGCCACCCUAAACGGCACUUCCAUAAGCCAAAGGGAAGUGGCGGUAGCACAUCAAUGGCGUCUAUGACGAUGGGUAGCAGUCAAAGUGACGAGGAGCUCGGAGAAGAUAUCACGCUGGGUUAUAGCGCUCCGGGGACGAAGAAGGGGGCCUCGUUCCUUGGAAAAAUGAUGAUACCCGCCAUAUCCGGAUAG